AGCGGCCUGCUGGGCCGCGGCACCCAGCCCGCCACGAACCGCAGCAGACGCGGAGGACGCGCCCGGGGCCUCCGGGCCGCGGGGGGCCGCUGUGACCCGCCUUCGCCCCCGCCGCGCCGAAGGCGGGGGAGCCGGGUUUGGGGGAGAAUCGAAAAGCGGAGGGCAGCCGCGGGGGGCGGGCGCUCUGGGGCGGCGGGUUCGGCGGGUGCUCUGGCUGCGGUCCGCUCCGCCCGAGGCGCCAAGGAACCGCGCAGGGGCCCGCAGCCCUCCUCCUCCAUGAGGCCCGAGUGAGCGCGGCGGCGAGAGCCGGCCCGCGGCGCCUCCCCCCCCGGCGUCCUCUCCCGAGCGCAGCGGCAGCGGCCCCCGGCGGCGGAGGAGGAGGAGCAUGUCGGACGGUUUCGAUCGGGCCCCAGGUGCUGGUCGGGGCCGGAGCCGGGGCCUGGGCCGCGGAGGGGGCGGGCCUGAGGGCGGCGGUUUCCCGAACGGAGCGGGGGCUGCUGAGCGGCCGCGGCACCAGCCGCCGCCGCAGCCCAAAGCCCCGGGCUUCCUGCAGCCGCCGCCGCUGCGCCAGCCCAGGACGGCCCCGCCGCCAGGGGCCCAGUGCGAGGUCCCCGCCGGCCCCCAGAGGCCUCCCCGGCCCGGGGCGCUCCCAGAGCAAACGAGGCCCCUGAGAGCUCCACCUAGUUCACAGGAUAAUAUCCCACAGCAGAACUUGGAGUCAGCAAUGGCUAAACCCCAGGUGGUUGUAGCUCCUGUAUUAAUGUCUAAGCUGUCUGUGAACGCUCCUGAAUUUUAUCCAUCAGGUUAUUCUUCUAAUUAUACAGAAUCCUAUGAAGAUGGUUGUGAGGAUUAUCCCACUCUAUCAGAAUAUGUUCAGGAUUUUUUGAAUCAUCUCACAGAACAGCCUGGCAGUUUUGAAACUGAAAUUGAGCAGUUUGCAGAGACCCUGAAUGGCUGGGUUACUACAGAUGAUGCUUUGCAAGAACUUGUAGAACUCAUCUAUCAACAGGCCACAUCUAUCCCAAAUUUCUCUUACAUGGGAGCUCGCCUGUGUAAUUACCUGUCCCAUCAUCUGACAAUUAGCCCACAGAGUGGCAACUUUCGUCAGUUGCUGCUUCAAAGGUGUCGGACUGAAUAUGAAGUUAAAGAUCAAGCUGCCAAGGGGGAUGAAGUGACUCGAAAACGAUUCCAUGCAUUUGUACUCUUCCUGGGAGAACUUUAUCUUAACUUGGAGAUCAAGGGAACAAAUGGACAGGUUACAAGAGCAGAUAUUCUUCAGGUUGGUCUGCGGGAGUUGCUGAAUGCCCUCUUUUCCAAUCCUAUGGAUGACAACUUAAUUUGUGCAGUAAAGUUACUGAAGUUGACAGGGUCAGUUUUGGAAGAUGCUUGGAAGGAAAAAGGAAAGACUGAUAUGGAGGAAAUUAUUCAGAGAAUUGAAAAUGUUGUCCUAGAUGCAAAUUGCAGCAGAGAUGUGAAACAGAUGCUCUUGAAGCUUGUAGAACUCCGGUCAAGUAACUGGGGUAGAGUCCAUGCAACUUCAACAUACAGAGAAGCAACACCUGAAAAUGAUCCUAAUUAUUUUAUGAAUGAACCAACAUUUUAUACCUCUGAUGGUGUUCCUUUCACUGCAGCUGAUCCAGAUUACCAAGAGAAAUAUCAAGAGUUACUUGAAAGAGAAGAUUUUUUUCCAGAUUAUGAAGAAAAUGGGACAGAUUUAUCAGGGGCUGGUGAUCCAUACUUGGAUGAUAUUGAUGAUGAGAUGGACCCAGAGAUAGAAGAAGCUUAUGAAAAGUUUUGUUUGGAAUCAGAGCGUAAGCGAAAACAGUAAAGCUAAAUUUCAACAUAUCAGUUUUAUAAAGCAGUUUAGGUUAUGGUGAUUUAGCAGAACACAGGAAAGCAGGAAAAUGUGUCACACUUAUACCAAAUUAAGGAUGUUGAGUUAUGUUACUAAUGUAUGCAACUUUAAUUUUGUUUAACACUAUCUGCCAAAAUAAACUUUAUUCCCUAUAACUUAAAAUGUGUAUAUAUAUAUAAUAGUUUAUUAUGUACAGUUAAUUCCACUGUUUUGGCUGCAAUAAAAUCGAUUUUGAAAUAAAUGAAA